AUGAAGAGAUUGGUUCCAAGCGGCCCAAACAAUGAAACAUCUCCACCUUCUCCACCACAUUUCAUAGAAGAUAUUGGAGUGAAGAGAUUGGUUCCAAGCGGUCCAAAUAAUGAAACGUCUCCACCUUCUCCACCACAUUUCAUAGCUGAUUUUGGAGUGAAGAGAUUGGUUCCAAGCGGCCCAAACAAUGAGACGUCUCCACCUUCUCCACCACAUUUCAUAGAGGAUACUAGAGUAAAGAGAUUGGUUCCAAGCGGUCCAAACAAUGAAACGUCUCCACCUUCUCCACCACAUUCAGCUGAUUUUGGAGUGAAGAGAUUGGUUCCAAGCGGUCCAAACAAUGAAACGUCUCCACCUUCUCCACCACAUUCCAUAGCGGACUAUGGAGUGAAGAGAUUGGUUCCUAGCGGUCCAAACAAUGAAACGUCUCCACCUUCUCCGCCACAUUCUAUUGCAAGUUUUGGAGUGAAGAGAUUGGUUCCAAGCGGCCCAAACAAUGAAACUUCUCCACCUUCUCCACCACAUUCCAUAGCUGAUUUUGGAGUGAAAGGAUUGGUUCCAAGUGGUCCAAACAAUGAAACGUCUCCACCUUCUCCACCACAUUCCAUAGCGGAUUUUGGAGUGAAGAGAUUGGUUCCAAGCGGCCCAAACAAUGAAACGUCUCCACCUUCUCCCCCACAUUUCAUAGCAAAUUUUGGAGUGAAGAGAUUGGUUCCAAGCGGUCCAAACAAUGAAACUUCUCCACCUUCUCCACCACAUUCCAUAGCUGAUUUUGGAGUGAAAAGAUUGGUUCCAAGUGGCCCAAACAAUGAAACGUCUCCACCUUCUCCACCACAUUCCAUAGCGGAUUUUGGAGUGAAGAGAUUGGUUCCAAGCGGCCCAAACAAUGAAACAUCUCCACCUUCUCCCCCACAUUCAAUAGCGAAUUUUGGAGUGAAGAGAUUGGUUCCAAGCGGUCCAAACAAUGAAACUUCUCCACCUUCUCCACCACAUUCCAUACACUAA